AUGUCCCAUUUCCAUCUCGCCGUCAUCGCAGCCGGCAGCCUGUCGGCGCUGCUGCUCCUGUUCUACAAGCUCCUUCUCUCCCCUUACUUCCUCUCGCCUCUAUCCAAGAUCCCCAACGCGCACUUCACAGCGCCCAUCUCAAGCGCCUGGAUCAACCGCAAGCGACGACACGGACAGGAAGUCCUCGCCAUCUACACCCUCCACCGCAAGCAUGGCCCCAUCGUGCGACUCGGCCCGCGCGAGCUGAGCGUCAACUCGCUCGCCGGACUGCGCACGAUCUACACCGGCGCGUUCGAGAAACACGCCUUCUACCGCGAUGCGUUUGUGAAUUUCUUCACGGAGAAUCUGGUUGGUAUGCUGGGGAACCGCGCGCAUGCGCGCCAGAAGCGCAUGCUCAGCAAGAUCUACUCGAAAUCGUAUCUUCAGGAUUUGGGCGACUUGCGUGGCCUCGCGGCCGUGGUGCUGGCGCGGAGGCUGCUGCCUGUGCUGCGCGGGUGCGCGGUGACGCGUGCCGCGGUGAAUGUGUUGCCUUUGUUCCAGGCUGUGGGGAUGGAUUUUACUUCGGCGUAUCUGUUUGGGACGGCGAAUGGGACGGUGUAUGUGUCUGAUCUGUCGGCGUGGGGGAAGUGGCUGGCGGAGUAUGAGAGGUUUAAGAACGCCACUCUGAGGGAACGGUAUAUGGGAUUCAUUGAGACUUGGUGUCUGGCGAUGUGUCGCAGGAUGCAGCGUAAUGACCAUCCCAACGAUGUGCCAGUGGCCACGCGUGGAGUCGUAUAUGAGCAGCUCCGCAGUUCGCUGGAGAAGGACCCGGAUGCUCGGCCGCUGGAGCUGGCCGUCGCGUCGGAGCUGCUGGAUCAUCUCGUGGCUGGACAUGAGACCAGUGGGAUCACCUUUACGUAUAUGAUGUGGGAGCUUUCGCAGCGGCCGCGGCUGCAGGCGGAGCUGCGUCGGGAACUGCUGACGCUGACGCCUUCAUUGCAGGAUCCGCUCGUUGCUACGAGCGAGGGGCCUGUGCCAGCCUUGCCAUCCCCGGCGUUUAUAGAUGCAUUGCCGUUGCUGGAUGCUGUCGUCAGAGAAACCCUCCGUUUGCACUCCCCUGCUCCUGCUCCCCUGCCGAGGGUCACGCCAUGCUGUCCGGGAGGCACAACGAUCGAAGGGUACCCCCACAUCCCUGGUGGCAUCAAGGUGAGCUCGUCUGCAUAUACUCUGCACCGCAUCGGCGAGGUGUAUCCCCAGCCGCUGGAGUGGUUACCCAAACGAUGGCUGAGUCCAGGACCUGGUAAGAUCCACGACAUGCGCAGGCUGUUCUGGCCGUUCGGAAGUGGAGGGAGGAUGUGUCUGGGUAGUAACUUUGCCUUGCAGGAGAUCAAGCUGGUCAUGGCUGCGGUCUACACCAACUAUAGUACCUCGAUUGUGGAUGAUGAGGGCAUUGAGCAGGAUCACGCUUUCAUCUCGUUGCCGAAGGGUCGUAAGCUGAUGCUGAAGUUCACUCCUGUUGAAAUUCGAGUGGAGUAG